AUGGAGGCUCAUAAGGUUUGGAGGAUGGACAGGUUUUAUUCCGGCUUUGCUCCCCCUCUACAGGACAGAGACCUUUGUGCCACCAUUUUCCUGGAAUCAAGGUCCUCCAUGGAAAAGACACAAAAUUUCCAUAUAAACUCAAACACACCCCAGAAGGAGUUUCCCAGUAAAGAUGAGGAGAAAAACAACCAUAUAUCCAUUUGGAAGGCUUUGCUGCCAGUGGCAGUUCUCAUGUUGGUCACUGGGUUGUAUGCAUAUUCCAAAGGACCUGUGGUGAACCAUGCUGAGCUGAGGCUGAUGCUGGUGGGUAAGACUGGAGCUGGGAAGAGUGCGUCAGGAAACACCAUCCUGGGUGAAGAAGCUUUCAGAGUCAAGGUCACUCCAGCAUCUGUGACUGAACACUGUGAGAGAAGGAACAAAGCUGUGGAUGGACGGAACAUCACUGUGAUUGACACUCCUGGGGUGAUGGACACAUGGCUAAUAUCAGAACAAACAGCCCACAGUGCACCUGAAUGUAUCUACCAUCCUACUCAUCGUCCUCAUGUGUUCCUGCUGGUGAUCAAAGUGAGGAGAUUCACAGAGGAGGAGAGGAACGCUGUGAAGUGGAUUCAGGAGAACUUUGGAGAAGAAGCCGUGAAGUUCACCAUAAUACUCUUCACUGGUGGAGAUCUGUUAGAGAAAAAACCCAUUGAGAAAUUUAUCAGUAACAGUAAUGAGCUUCAGGAUCUGGUAGACACCUUUGAAGGUAGAAUUCACGUCUUCAACAACUAUCAGAAAAAUGAUCGGAUUCAAGUCAAAAAGUUGCUUGAAAAGAUAGAUUUGAUAUUAUUUGGGUCUUUGGGCUACAUUCAUACACAAGAACAUAUCUACCUGGUGAAGAUGGAGACCCUGGGCAAAUCUGUAUAA